AAAAAGUGCUUUGUAAUUCUUGUCAGCAGUACUGAAAGAAGGCGACGAAAAACGUAAAUUAUAAGAACAGUAAAGUGAACGAGAAGGCAGUUGAUAGGCAAGUUAUUAGCAAGAUUUACAUUUAACAAAGGAAAUGACGGGCGAGACCAAGCUGGAGAAGAAGCCGCUGCCGGGCGAUGGCAAAGAUGCAAAGGGUAAGCAGGCAGCGGCGGCGGCGUCAGCAGAUGCUGGCAAGGCCAAAAAGGAUGAGAAAGAACAGCAGCCCGAACUCUCCGAUGAGGAUCAGCAGCUGAAGGAAGAGCUGGAAAUGCUGGUGCAGCGUUUGAAAGAAAGCGACAAGAAAUUAUACCAACCAGCGCUGGAAAUGAUGGCUAAGCUGAUUCGCGCGUCCACUACGUCAAUGACAUCUGUGCCAAAGCCGCUGAAGUUCAUGCGUCCGCAUUAUGAGACCAUGAAAACUGUCUAUAAGCACAUGCCCGACCAAAAGACGCGACAGCUGUGCGCCGAUAUAAUUUCCGUGCUGUCCAUGACUAUGGGCAGUGGCAAGGAUUGUCUGGCCUAUCGUUUUCUAUGCGAUCGCAGCCAGUCCAUAGGCGAAUGGGGUCACGAGUAUGUGCGUCAUUUGUCCGGUGAGAUAUCGUCGCAUUAUCACGACACUUCGGGCGAGUUCCGCACGCAGCUGAUUGAGCUGGUCAAGCAGAUAAUACCCUACAACAUGGAGCAUAAUGCAGAGGCCGAUGCCUGUGACUUACUCAUUGAGAUUGAUCAUCUGCAUCUCUUAGCCGAAUAUGUGGACGAGUCUGCUUAUCCUCGCGUCUGUCUCUAUCUGCAAUCCUGCUAUCCCUAUGUACCCGAUCCAGACAACACUAUUAUACUAGAGACGGCCUUGCAGCUAUCACGCAAGUUCCACCAGCAUACACAGGCCAUGCGCCUGGCUUUGAUGCUCAACGAUAUGCAAAAGAUUGAUGACAUAUUCAGAGAGCACAAGGAGCCUGCAAUGCAAAAACAGCUUGCUUUUAUGCUGGCCCGUCAACAGGUCUGCCUGGAGCUGGACGAAUCUGUGGCAGAUUAUGAUGAUCUAAUGGAGAUUAUGUCUAAUGCCAAUUUGAACAAGCAUUUCCUCAACCUGGCACGCGAACUGGACAUUAUGGAGCCCAAGACACCUGAGGAUAUAUACAAAUCGCAUUUGGAUAACUCGCGCUCACGCUUCGCCUCCAUACAGGUGGACUCGGCUAAGCAGAAUUUAGCCGCCAGCUUUGUCAAUGGCUUUGUGAAUGCAGGAUUUGGUGUGGACAAGCUGCUCUCCGAGGAUGGGAACAAGUGGCUGUAUAAGAACAAGGAGCAUGGCAUGCUCUCGGCCACAGCUUCGCUGGGUCUCAUAUUGCUGUGGGAUGUGGAUGGUGGUCUAACCAUGAUCGACAAGUAUUUGUACUCUACUGAUGAUAAUAUUAAAUCUGGUGCUCUGCUUGCAUGCGGCAUUGUUAAUUGCGGCAUACGCAAUGAGGUGGAUCCAGCUCAUGCUCUGCUUUCGGAUUAUAUUGAUAAUCAGAACUCUUGCAUGCGCAUUGGCGCCAUUUUGGGCUUGGGCAUUGCUUAUGCCGGCUCCAAUCGCGCCAUUGUCAUUGAUACGCUAAAGACCAUCUUUGCUAACAAUGGCAAGACCACGCCUAGCGUGGAGAUACUUGGCAUAACCGCGUUGUCGAUGGGCUUGAUUAGCGUUGGCUCUUGCAAUGCUGACAUUACAGAGAUCUUGCUGCAGACCAUUAUGGGGCUGACCAAGACGGAUUUGAAGGACACAUACACGCGUUUCCUUUGGCUGGGCUUGGGUUUGCUCUAUUUGGGACGACAGAAAUCCACAGAGGCCGUUAUGAUGACGCUGGAGGUGCUGGAGGAACCUUACCGCAGUAUGGCCACCACUAUGGUGGAAAUAUGCGCAUAUGCCGGAACGGGCAAUGUGCUCAAAAUACAGCAGCUGCUGCAUAUUUGCUCGGAUCACUACGAGACCAGCUCUGCCGAUGAGGAGAAGGAGAAAAGCAAGAAGGACAAGAGUAAGGAGAAGGACAAGGAGAAGGAAAAGGAGAAAGAGAAGGAGCGCGAAAAGGAUCUUUCGGCUACGCAAUCCAUUGCUGUGCUGGGCAUUGCUUUGAUUGCCAUGGGCGAGGACAUUGGCGCCGAUAUGGCAUAUCGCAGCUUUGGCAAUUUGCUGCGCUACUGCGAGCCCGCCAUACGCCGGGCCGUGCCGCUCGCCUUGGGCCUUAUCUCGGCUUCUAAUCCCAAGCUUAACAUACUGGAUACUCUGAGCAAAUUCUCGCACGACAGCGAUGCCGAGGUGGCGCACAAUGCCAUCUUUGCUAUGGGUCUGGUGGGUGCUGGCACCAAUAAUGCGCGUCUAGCCUCUAUGCUGCGUCAGCUGGCACAGUAUCAUUCAAAGGAUCCCAGCAAUUUGUUUAUGGUGCGCAUUGCCCAGAGUUUAACGCAUUUAGGCAAGGGCACACUCUCCUUGAGUCCCUAUCACAGUGAUCGUCAGCUCAUGAAUCCCAUGGCUGUUGCUGGUUUAAUGGCCACAUUGGUCUCGCUGCUGGAUGUCAAGAAUCUAAUACUAAAUCGUUCGCAUUAUCUGCUUUACACGCUUGUGCCGGCCAUGCAGGCACGCAUGCUAAUAACCUUCGAUGAGGAGCUCAACCAGCUGCAAGUGCCGGUGCGCGUGGGCAUUGCCAUUGAUGUGGUGGGUCAGGCGGGCAAACCGAAGACUAUCACUGGCUUCCAAACCCACACCACACCAGUGCUGCUGGCUAUUGGAGAGCGCGCCGAGCUGGCCACAGAUGAAUAUAUAUCAUUAACGCCCGUCAUGGAGGGAUUUGUCAUACUGAAGAAGAAUCCCAACUUUGUCAAGUAGUAGCUGCUAUAUAUAUUUUUUGCAUACAAAAAUUAAAAUAAAAACAUUUGUGCACUACAUUUAGCAAUUAAUG